AAAUAUUUCAUAAAUGUGAACUUACCUUAAGUUUUAAAUGUACAAAAUCAGCUAAUGAUUCCAACGAACCCUGUCAGAAUUUCUACAAAUACGCCUGCAGUAAUUACAGUCAACAGAAUCCUGAUCCCAACUAUAGUGAAAUAACACAAAAAUUGAAUUAUGAAAUGAAUAAAAAGUUAUUGCAAAUAUUGGAUAAGAAAAAAUCGUAAACAGAUUGCUGACCCUAAUAUACACACAUUUUAUGCGAAAAUCCUUAUGUACUUGGACUCAUGUGAAAAUGAAACACAAAGAAAUUUACGAAAAUAUUUUAAUGAAAUCAAACCGAGCCAUAAUUUAAAUUGGCCCUUAUGGAAACACAAAGAUCAAUGGUUGGAGGCAGAUAAAAAUGUUAGUGAUGUUAUUAUAUAUAAUUACUUAGAACGUAGAGAUAUAAUGAACAUUUUUUGGCGUAACCGGCAAUUAUAUACCGAAUUUGAUUCAUGGUUUAUAUUGAAAUAUAUUGAGCGUAACGAAACAACAGUUAACAAGUUUGAUUUUAUGUCUUUAUUGGGAGAAAUGCAAUCUUAUGGUUUAAAUAAUGUCAUAGUAAAUCAUCAAAUCAUCAGGAAUAAAGAUAACUCUCUUAAUAUCUGGCUAGCUCCUGCUUUUCUUGAGAUUGGGGGUUCCCUACCCGAUAAUACGAUUCUGCAAGUAUUGCUUAUGGCUUUGGGUAUAGAGGACACAGAGCCAAUAAUACUACAAUUAAGUAAAACCGAUUUUAAAUGGCAAAACCUAACACAAAGUUAUGUCGACACCACUGAGAGUAAAGAGACGACAUUGGAUAAUAUAGCUAAGCUCUAUCCCCAGCUUAGUUUAAAAUUAUAUAUUGAAAAUCUGUUGGGUUCAGAGUUAAAUAAUCUGGCAAAUAUAACUUUAGAAAAUCCGAAAUAUUUUGAGUAUUUAAAUGAAAGACACUGGACUAGCGAGGAGCUGGAACAUUUGUGCAACUACUUAAUGAUGAAGUUUCUGUUUUAUUUAGCCGAGGAUAGUACAACUGCAUUUACACCGCUCGAUUGUAUGCAAGAUUUACGCCGUAAAUUUGAUCUGGCUGUAAAUUAUUUUUAUUCUGAGGAGUUUUAUAAAAGGGAAGCAAACCAAUUUAGUGAAGCUUUGAAUAACAUCUGGUUCAAAAUAAAAGCCACGAUGGCAGAGAUUUUUGAAGACAAUUAUUUAAGCCUUUCUGAGCAACAAAUUAUUUACCUAAAGAAAAAACUGGCAGGUAUUAAUGCGAAUACAGGAAAUUUACCCAGGCCUUCUUAUUCCAAUUUACAAGCCUUUUAUAGGGAUUUACCCGAUUUGGAUGAAAGUAAUUACUAUAAAAAUCAUUUGUUACUGUUGAAACAUCGUUUUCGCAAAUCUAUGUAUUAUCCUCAAACUCAAACGCAUUACAUAGUAUCAGACAAUCGUAUGGGUAGUGUUUCCUCGCCAUUUUAUGUACUUCAGCAAAAUCUGGUAGUUAUACCGUUUAGCAGUUUCCAGUCACCCCUAUUCAACUACACCCAAACACCUCUUCAACAGUUAUCACUUUUCGGUUUUGUUUUAGCUCACGAACUAACACAUGCAUUUGAUACUACCGGCCUAAGUUAUGAUAAACAGGGUUUUCCUUUAUCCUCUUCCUCAGAUAUAAUCGAUCAUGUUAAUUUCACCAACUCCUUAGAUUGUAUGCAACAUCAGCAGUUUACCGACGACAUUGAUGAACGUAUUGCUGAUCUCUUUGCUGUUCGGCUGGUUUAUCGUACUUAUUUGGAAAACUAUGCAAAGGAAGAUGAAGCAGAGGAUUGGCGGAAAGAGUUUUUCCUAAAUCUGGCACAGUUUUUCUGUGGCAAAGAUAAUCUAAAUUUUAUUGAUCAUGAUUCAGAUGCCAUACGUUUGCAGCAAAUUUUAAUGAAUUUUCAACCAUUCUCGGAGACCUUUGGUUGUGAAGAAGGUGAACCUAUGAAUCCUAAAACUAAAUGUAGACUUUAUUGAGAUAAUGCUGGAUUUUCAUUCUGGACGUGACACGAUUGCAUAUGCAGAAUGGAUUGGGAUUUAGUUUUAGAUAUAUA